GAAGUCCUCGCCAGUCAGUCAGCCAGUGUGUUGCUAGCAGCGGUGAGGGAAGGAUCUCGGUUGUGUGUUGCCCAGGUGUUGCCGCGGCCCACACGUGACAGAAUGACGCUACUGAACAACACUUGGACGCUCCUGCUGCUGUGUUUCUUGGCAGGGCUUGGCUUGUCGGCGGGGCAGGACAUUCACCAGAUGCAGUACCACCUCGAGAAGCUGACCAGCGUUCGACACCCGUUCGGCGCUGACCCCAACGCGAGGGAGGCCGCGAGGAGCUACAUCAAGGAACAGUUUCAGCAGUACGGACUCGAAGUGGCGGUUCAUACUUUCAGCACGACGGUCUGGCACCAGGGACAGCAGAGGACGGUGGCCGGCGAGAACGUGAUCGGGGUGUCUGAGGGCGCUGGUGGGGGGCCGCUGCUGCUGGUGGGCGCCGAUUAUGACACCGCCCUCAACAGACACCCCCUCGAGGACAACGGAGCGGGGGUGGGGGCGAUGCUGGAGGUGGCGAGGAACUACAUGGCUGCCACGGGGCCUGACGGGGUCUUCACGAGGAACAGCACCGUCAUCUUCGUGGCUUUUGAUCUCAACACGCAGGAAUAUGACGGCAGCACAGGUGAGCCCGGCGCCUACCACUUCGUGCACCAGUGGCUGUGGCCGCACCUCAACCAGUCACUGCUGAAGUUCGCUGGGGCCAUCAUCCUGGACUCCAUCUCGAAGAUCAACAUGGACCAAAACUCGCAGUACCUUCCCCAGGACUUCGGCAAGGCGUUCCCUUCGGCGUACAAGAGGAUCAGCGAGGACGGGAACAAGGGCGACUUUCUGGCCCUGGUGACACGGGGAACAUCCCAGAGCAAGAGACUCAAAGACACCUUCACCGGGAACUACCUGAAGCACCGCAAGGCCGGGCUGAUAAGGCUGCAGGAGUUGGUGGUGCACACGAACUCGCCGGUGUCCAUCCCCACCCUCGAGAUGAUAAACCACCAGGCACACUACCAUUUCUGGACCUUCCAACCCUCCGACCAGCUCACCGCCCUGCCCGCCCUCCUCCUCACCGACACUGACUUCUACCGCAAAAGCUCCGAAGAGUGCCCGCUGCCCUGCUCCGCCGAGGCCUUCCUGACGAGGCAACGCAAACAGUCCCUCGCCCUCACAUGUAGCGGCGUCCUGUACACCCUCCUUGACAUGCAGGCGGAGAGACGGCGACCAGGCGAGACGGGGGAGGUCACGAGUGGUGCAUCUGUCGGCGUGACUCUGGCGAUGACGUGGCUGCUGGCGGCGGUGGCGGCGAUCCUGCACUGACCUAAACGCACACACACACACACACACACACACACAAACAAACAAACACUGACCUGCACGCCCACACACAUAUAAACACACACACACACACACACACACACACACACACACACACACACACACACACACACAUAUACACACACAAAC